CAAUCUUCAAGCUGUUCCCAACAGAUCUUGUGAGACAAACCCUCGGUGAAGCACUGCAUCUUUCUAGCUUCAAAGAAAGAGAAAGACAACGAAGUGGGAUGAUUUCCCAAGCUUAGGACUUUAUCAAUGGGCACUAGAGAGAGGCGCUAACAUGCAAAAAAGCCUCCUUUCGGGUGGAACUAUCUCAAAUGGUCAAAUGGGCAAGCGCAGUUCCUCUUCUGUAGGCCCAGGUGAGUUUGCUUCCAGGCAUUCGUGGAAGUUGGAGUCCCUUCUUGAAGAAAAAAGAGAGAUCCACAGUCUCUAUCCUUUACUCUUACGUGCCAGUAAGAAAUACCCUCCGUCGCCUAGUCCAGCUGUCCUUGUUAUUGCCCCUCCAGUUCUAGUUCCGGUUGCUGUGGGUCCAGUCGAGCCUCUUCCAAGACAAGAUUAUGGGAAAGAGAAGAUUAGGGGCUAUUCGAGAUCUUCCCCUGUGAGCGAUCCCGCCUCUGAUGUAAGUGAUCCUAUAUCCGCUGAAGCAAAUGCAAUCCUUGAGUCUGUGAAAGAAAGCACUGCUGAAGAGGGAUCUACUUUCAAUGCUAGUUUUGAGUCAUCUAGUGUCAGUCCUACUUUGAUCUCUACGACUUCUGUUACAUCUCAUGAAAUUCCUUCUUCUAAGCCGCCAGAGCCAGACUUCGAGUUGACAGAGAGGAAUGGCAGAACUCUUGGCCUUACGAGACGAGGGCUACGGUUAGCUUAUCUGCCUUCUGGCACUCGGUCUUCUAAGACGGAUACUGGAUUUCCUUACUUUCUUUACGAGGACACCCUAGCUAGAUUCAAGUUUUCCUUCCAGGGGAGAAAGUCUAAUUGGAAGACUGCUAUUGAAUCAGCAGUGAGCGAAUGGUCUUAUCUUGCUCCUCUCAACGACACAAGGGAGAAGGUUAUGAAAGAGCUAUGCCUUUUUAAAAGGAGUUUAUCUGGCUCUUCGACUAGCAGCUUGAACGUGGAAAUCUUAGUCGGUAGUGGCUUUGCGUCCAAAGGCGAAAAAGAGAGGAAUUCCCUCUGUUGUCACAAGAAAGGACUAGUUUCCUAGCGGGAUGAGUGACGGUAAACUUAUUUAGGAGUGAAAAAAGGGGUGUAGCGAAGAUUCCAUUUCUUUUGACUCUUUCAAGAAGGGAAGAAGAAUAUCACCAGUUGAGGAGAUUGAUUUGACUCUUUCUCUUCCCAGGAAGGAUAAGAUGUGAACACAGGCAAGAACUCUUCCUUCACUGAGAAAGGUAGCGAAGUCACCUCUGGAUUAAAUUAAGUGAUUUGGA